CUGUUCACGCCCCUCCGAGGACGGGGAUUUAAACGGCCUCCUCACACCAUAGCCGGAACACAGAGAUCCUCCUCUUCAUCGUCCGGCAUCAUGAAGGCUCUCGGCUUCUCCCUGGCGCUGCUUCUCACCCUCUGCUGCUGCGACGCCAUGCUGGUGGCCGUGCAGUACAGCACGGCUCCUGGAAGCUGCUGCUUCAACUUCAGCACCAGACGCCUCCCCGACCAGCUGGUGGCCCACAUCUCCCACACCCACGCCUCCUGUCUCAAGAGAGGAUUCAUAGUCCAGACUGUGAAGGGGAGAACAGUCUGCUACCAGGACACCUUCCCGUGGGCCGUGAACAUCUACAAGCAGCUCAACAGCGCCGAGGGCAGCGGCCAGCAGCAGCUGUGAAGAAUUAACUGUGUUAUUGUGUAACACUUUAUACUUUGGAGGCCUGUUUUUCACAGGCUUUAAGCUAUGUUUUUAUACCAAUAAACUUGCUGUUGUGGA